AUGUCGCUGUCGCGUAAGACGUCGCCCGUUGACGAGCUGCGCAAGGCCCUCGACGCGAAGGUCUGCAAAUGGGGUGCCCUCGAGCUGGGUCAUGGUAGCGGCGGCCACAACAGCGUGUUUAGUCUCACGGACUACGACUACCCGGACCGGCACCUUCUGCGUUCCUUCUGCACAACACCCGCCCUCCAAUGGAGUUCCUUCAGCUGCAUGCAGAAGGGCAACGUCGCGCCCAGUGAGGCACAGGCGCGCGGCGUCGCGGAAGACUUCGCGAAACUGACAAGCCUCAGCAGUACGGGUACGACGGGCAGCCAGAACAUUAUUGCAGAGUCUGUCAGCUCUGUCAGCGCCUUCUUGGAGGAGUGCUGUCCUAAACUUUGUCCCAAGAAGGGUGAAAAACUACAUCGUGGGUCAACGUUCCUCUUGUUCGCUGUCAUCACCGGCGACACGGAGCUCGCACGGCGCUGUCUAGAGCUUGGAGCGAACCCAAACAGUAUGGGUUUCCUCAGCGACCCCGAUGGCCCUGUGAACCAGAUGCAGCAUGGCUACAGCCCCAUGUUCAUAAGCGUCAUCGUGGGAAAGGUAGAGGUCAUGUCGGUGGUGCACCACUUCGGCGGAAGCAUCCACGUGUACGAUCGCUGGGGACGCACGCCGUUCAAUGCUGCCGUGGCGCUUGGCGACACAGAGAUUGUGCAGUGGCUGCUGGCAAAGGGUGCUCCACGUUGCAUCGGUAACUGCAUGUCGCUACAGCCAGACGCCUCCACGUUCCCUGAAAUGACGUCCCUAAACCCCGCGCUCCAUCGCCGUCCUGAGCUCUGUAACAACGAGGAGGAGGCGCCACUGUGUCACUGUCACUCGGGCCGGCCGAAGGGUUUCUGUGGCUGCGUGGACGACAUGUUCUCUCGUUGGUCGUACGACCGCCUGCGGUCGCCGUGGCAUGCCGGCAUGGACUUCAAUGCACUUGCGACGGCGUACGCCGCGAGCGCUCGUACCCGAAGGUGCGUGGGCUAG